AUGUCGCAAUCGCUGCUGGUACCGGAGUUGGAGCUGGAGCUGGAGUUGGAGCCGGAGCUGGAGUCGGAGCUGGAGCCGGAGCUGGAGCCGGAGUUGGAGUCGGAGCUGGAGUCGGAGCUGGAGCCGGAUCUAGAGCCGAAGCUGGAGCUGGAGCUGGUGCCGGAAGCUGGAGCCGGAGCCGGUACUGGAGCCGGAGCCGGUGCUGGAGCUGGAGCCGGUGCUGGAGCUGGAUUCGGGCCUGGAUUCAUGUUCGCUGUUGAUUUGUUUUUUUCAUUUUCAGUGGAUGAAGGCAUAGACGACUUACAAACUUUCAUGGAGCUAGAUAACAACGAUUUUGCACGCCUUAAGCUGCGUACCAAGGUUAUCAAACUAAUUCAACGCAUGCAGAAGGAGCUUUACGACGACACGGUUAUUGAAGAAAGACUUGAGGAAUAUCACGAGGGAGAUGACCAUCAGGAAAAAUAUAAAGAUAUGACAACAGAGGAAACUGAGUCUCACGAAGAGGACACAUUGGAAGGUUUUAACGAAUACCGGGGAAUGAUUCUGGAAACGGUCAUCGACAUAAAUCUAAUGUUCAAACGCACUCCGAACGGUAAAGCAAUAAUGGAACUACUCAAUGAAGGGCAGAAACCAAGUGACAAUUGCAUGAGUGCAAUAAAACGGAUUCUCUGCGACUAUCUUAAAUCGGUGUAUGGAUUACGCCCGUCUGCUUAUCACAAAAACCUCCUGGCACAAAGUCUCGUGCAUACAUACCCGGCAUUGUCGUCGUCAACUCCGGAUGUACCGCAGGCAUUAUGGUUUCAUCCCAACGGUCGGGGUAAACACCGCCACAGUGGACGUUUGCAUUAUCAUAUGGAGUAUUUGGCAAGGACAUCAGGAGAUCGCGUAAUAAAUCGACGUAAAUUACAAGCUGAGGAGAUCAACGUUGGAGGAGAGGUUGAUGUCGGUCCAGCCAAUCCGGAACAAGAGGUUGAUAUGGAAGCAGUGACGCAAGAAUUUAAGUUUCUAUGUCCUGGACCAAACACCAAACUACGUGCUGAAGAGCUUUGGCAUCUUACUUUCAAUGAACGGAAAGAUUUGCGCCAAAAAGGAACAUUCUACACGUAUCUUGAGACCUAUCCUGUUGCAACUGCCUUCAAUGGGUCCAUGAUUUCUUUGGAAUUUCACAUGAUGUACCCGAAUGCUCCGGAUUUCCAAGAAAAACUCGAAUAUCUGCAACCAAAAUUGUUGUCACGCUAUCGCGAUCUUUUCAAACAUGUGAAAGACGAUUUCAUUCGAAUGCUCAUAAUAAUACGGCAGAAGAGCCCGAGUCGUGGAGCCAAAAGGACCCGGGACGCAGAUCCAGCAAAGGACAAUACUCUAAAAGGAAUCGUAAAGGAAUGGAUUAAGCCUGAAGACCCGUAUCCCGAUACGAAUGAAGUGCCAAUGCUUUAUGUAAAAGGAAAUUUUCUGGAGAGUGGAUCAAGUGCAGCUGUUACAUGGAAGCGGAAUAACAUUUUGAUGGAAUCGGAUCUGAAGCACUGCUUCCGUGUGCUAUGUGAAUCAAUGGUAGUAUUCAACUCUGCAUGCCAUCCAACGGAUAAACAGAUCUACACAUUCAUCUCGAAUGUUUUGCUUGGAAUUGGUCAACUAACCACAACUGGAGAGCGACUUAUGCAAAGCAUCGAAUAA